CAUGAGAAAUUGGGAGCUCUAACUUAAACAGAGCUUAUUUGUUUUUUUAUUUUACAAGGGAGGAGAAAUAGGGAAAAGAAAUUUCAACUGCUUCAGUUUUACAAACAUUUUUUCAAAAUUGAAUGAUUAAUAAUAGAUUAGGAGAGGAUCCCUGAAUAGACAUUUAACUCAUUGAAAUAAAUAAGAAUUUUCGUAAUAUUUUUUCAUAAAGCGAGCAAACCAAUCUGUUUUGGGCUUGCUUUAUGGAGGCGCUGCAAAACAAUCCUGAUCAAAAAAGUCAAGUUGUAUUUGACGACAAAAAGGAAGGAAAAGAAUGGCUUUAGGGUUAUCUGAGGUAAUUUCUUGAAGAAAUAGCCAGAACAACAUACUUUGUUCUCGAAGAAAAACUGUUAAAAUUACUUUCCACAAAGAAUUUUAUAGUUUGACGUUUUUUUAACUUAUCACAAACGAUCAGUGACUAAGUGGUUUUCGAGACGCUUUGUUGUAUUCUAAGAGACAUCUGAGACUUAUCACACGGCCUAGAAACACGAAACUUAUUGCUCAAGAUAUCAGUUUGCAUAUUAUGUUUUUGCAUCGACAGAACAGUGCCAUGGUCACUGCGAUCAAACAUCAUCCACAAGUACUUUCGAACACGUUUUCUUUGCACUUCACUUAAGCACUUUGUAGAAUUUUGCUCUGAAAUUGGCAAUUUGUAUCCUCGUGCGAUUCGCCACGCGCCCUUGUUAUACCACUUUGCAGUGCGACCAAGAAUGCCUCCCUAAAUGUAAAUUUGUAAACACAGUCCAGUGUCUCAAGUAAUUUGAUUUUGUUUGCCUUUUGUGCAGUUCCAAUGGGCUUUGUGCCCUGUCUAUAAUUGUCAACCUACGACUACAAUUAUGGCUUGGUGUAUUUGACAACUCAUUACCCAUAUUAGGCAAACAGGUGAUACUUCUAAGCAGGUGGUGAAACGAUUAAAUUAAAUUUGUGUAGAAAAUCAGAAAUGUCUGCUUAGUUUACCUUGGAAUUAAGCGGUUUUCACCACUUUAACACCUAGCACCUUAGAUCAAAUCGAUCAGGGGUUCUCCGAAGAGAUUUUGCGGCUUAUCGUCGAGAUCUCGCCAAACAUCGAUUGUUUAUCAACUGACAUUCGGACGAAAUUUGAUUCAGCGGCCACAACACCUUUCAAAUUGGACGACAGCUCUGCUUUCUAAAAGCGCAUUAAAAUUAAUGAAAAUCACCAUAAACUUCGCAUACCCGGACGGACAAGUCAAUUUGGGUGACAACAAUAUCCACAACUUUAAAUUCGCUCCUGUGUAUGCGUUGAAGAAGAGGAUAAUUUCCCGGCUUCUCGAGGAGUUCGGAAGAGUCCAAUGACCACAUCUCAGGAUGAUUAUGUUUAAUUCUUUAGCGGUGCUUGCAAGGAUUAGCCUUGUGAUCCUUGUGCUGAUGCUGACCGUCUCGGUUAAUAAUGGAGAGGUUCGUAUAGAGGACAUAGGACGCACGUUCUCCAAGGUCAUCUGCCAAGGAACGACGGUCAAAUGGAAUUGCAGAAACUCGUCUCUUGCAAUGGUUAUUUAUACUGCUACCUACGGACGUGAGGAGUAUGGUGACACUGUCUGUCCUUUUAAAAAGCCCCUCGUCGAUGACUCAGUGAUUCAGGCUAAUGACACAAACGCCUACUCAAAAUGCCCUUUGAAGAAUAUCACCGUACGGAUUAUGAAACUGUGUGACAAGAAAAAGCGUUGUACUGUUACCGCAAAUAAAACUUACUUUGGAAAUCACUGCAAAGGAGUUUACAAAGUUCUUAAAGUUAUUUACGCCUGUGUGAACAAACAUGAAUUAAAAAUCAGGACCCUUCCUCUAUACACUACAACACCUAGUUACAGCACUACUCCUGUCACUUUAUCCACGUCUUCACCCAAAGUAACACCCACACGUAAGAGAGUAACAACCUUGACCAAACGAAAAAAAAGUCGCACUAAUUCUACUGUUAGAAAGAGUCGAACACGCACAACUAAAGCACCUCAGUCCACAAAGCACACUUCUGGGUCGAAAACCCUCGCUGAGACAACUUCCAAACUUUCUACUCUAUCGUCUACCAAUCUAUCGACAAAAGCGCCGGUAACGAUGACUAACAAGCCCACUAAAGUGACACCGACAACGUUACCAAUCGUUUCUAAACCGAAAACGACUAAGAAACGCACCCGGGCAACGAUCACUGAACCAAAGACGGUAAGUAAAGGUGUCAUUACGUUGAAACCGAACGUUACGGUCUUAACUUCUGAAGCUAGUGUACCAAUAACCAUUCCUAUUGUGUUAACAAAUACAACAAUAACCACUGAACGACACCAAAAGUCUAAGAAUCCAACCACGUCCACAGGUGUACCAAUCACGAUACAAGUGAACUGUACCAACUGCACAUUACCAAACGGGACUCUUACCUCCAUACCCACCACUUUACGACCAAUUAUACCGACAACUCACAGGGGACCUUCAUCCAAGACAAUUUCCAGUGGUGCACCAGAAGUCAUGGGGGUGGCAAGACCAGAGGCCGUCAUAGGUGUGUCAGGAUCACUUUACCUUUGGUUUCUUCACAUGAAAGACAAUUCUUCGACGUACACGACGGUGUUUCUCCUGAGCGCAUUGGGAGCAGCAAUUAUAAUGGUGGCAGUUGUAGCUUGCUUUCUAACCCUCCAGAAAAAGAAGGAAUUCCUGAAGCUUGACAUAAUGCACCAACCCAAAAGAUUCAUAGCUCCACCCAAGGAUACGAAGACAACUAACCAGAACGGACAUGUCCCCGGAAAAAGUGAGAAAUUACCCGACGCGGAGGAAGCACCCGAUGGAAUGCUUCCAAAAGGACCUGAGGUUGUAUUCACCGCCCAUGACGUAAAUAAUCAUGUUCCCAAAGAGUUCAAUAUCGAUAGAUAUUCUGGUAUGGAAAAUGGAACAGUGAAGAAAGUCGAUGGAACAGGUAUUCAUGUCAACCCUCUGUUUAACGGUAGCAAUAGUAACAAACCUUCAGGCUCGAUCACCAAUUCAAACCCAGGUAAUCAGCGUGGAUGUGACGCGGUUUCCAGCCUUCCAUCUACUCCAUGUCGAAGUCGUACUCUAAGUGAGCCCAGAACCGGGACACCACGACGCGGAAGAGCCAACAGCACCGGUAAUGUAUCUCGUAGUCAUGAACGGCACCACAGUCAAGGCAUGCCUGAUUAUCCUGACGAGAGAGUACGACUUCCUCGUCACCUCAGCGCUGGAAACGUGUCUCAUCACCAUCGACACGGAACGCAAUCAGAUCACGCUUUGCAAAGUCAGUCACCCGCAAGAACCCUACCCCGCCAGAGGGCAGCUACAGGAAAUGCAGCAUAUAAUCAAUCGCCCGUGCGAAAUCCUCUUAACUGGCCUCCACAUGGACAAGCAAUACCUGCCAAUGGAACAUCUAACCCUGGGAUUAUAAGCAACUCCUCGCCAGCGAGAUCGGUUCCAGACGGUACUUUGGUAAAUCAGUAUCCCACUACAAUUGGCAAUUUGAACAACAGGCAGCAAAGCCCCGGAGGUGUAACGCAACAGCCAUCACCCUCUAGAGGUGCACAGUAUAACUCUCUUGGUCAUACGGUGAAGCAACCCUGGACCACUGGUGAGGCACCCAGCACACCCUCACAAAAUUCAGGGUCAUAUCAGCGGGCAAAUCCGAACUCCCCAGUGAAAUUUUCCAAUCCGUCUAAUGUAGCAUUGGCAUCUGACGGCAACGCGGGAACACCAACACCUUACUCGGCCCAUCGGAACACCCCGAAAUUAAACAGAAAAUGGAGUGAGGAGAAACCGACAAAUAAUGCUGCUCCGAAUAUAACAACAAACCCAAAUUACAACAAUAAACCUAGCGAUAUUUGGCAGAAGCACAGCGAGUCAGGGCAAAAAGAUGGAAGCGGUAAAAGCUUAAGCAGGGACCAAGGGAGCAUACCAGGCGGUACUCUACAGCGCAGGAAUGUUUCUUCUGAAAAAUGCUCUCCUCAGGAGCAAGAUGCUAAAAAAGAGGUAGGAAAUGCCAAUGAUAGCAAUGCUGAUGCUCUUGAACCACAGAAUGCCUCGGAAAAUUCUGUCAUGGACAAAAUUUUGGGGCUGCCUCGAUUAUUGUUCGGAAAAAGAGAACGGGAACUGCCAACAGAAUAACGUUGAUCACGGAGUUACAGUGUAAAACACAGUGGAGACAGAUACAGUGUAAUUUCUAACAAACGACAUUUACUGCUCCGCUAUAAAGACUACUAAUCCUUUAUGACAAGUAAGCAGGAAAUCCCCUAAAAUCACAGACGAUAGUCAGCAAGUACAUUAACGAAAAGUUAACAUGACAAUGGAAAGGAAGGUCAAAGGGUGAAUCAAAGAACGCGAAGCAGAAAAGAUCGGCUAUUUACUCUAACAGUCUGAAACGGGCCUUAAGAUAGAAAUGGGCCUGCAUUGGACUGAGUAUUCACAAGUAGCGGAUGUUAAAAUUGCCAUGUCGUAAUUUAUAGAUUGGAAGCUGCUUCUUCAGUGUUAUUUAAAGUCUAUAGCUUUAGGGGAGAAUAUUUAUCAAAGGAGAAUAUUUGCCAAAUUGAGACUGAUAGCUGUAACGUUAAAAGUUUCUUUGAUUGUGGUGGAAUUCGGUAGAUACCUUCUUCUGGGACUUUAUCAGGGAAAAAAAUGUUCAAAACGACAAAACUCAGAAGUAGCUCCCACAUGACCCAGCAAAAUGAAUUUUGAAUAGAGAACAUUUCGACAGAAGUGAUGUAGCUGUAAGAGAAUAUAAAACUUAGGCCAUAGUGUAAUCUACAGACGUACUACCUGUGUCAGAUGGAAACCUUUUUGAGCAGUUUAGCUCUGUUAUCCCUUAGAGUACGAGGCUUAAAUUACUUUCAUAUUUAAGUCUACAAUACUUGAUCGUUCUUCUCAUCAGUAUUCACUGAAACGGCCACGUGAUGUUUUAUUUACAGACUCAAAACUUUAGCCACUUGUACAGCAUAAUAAACAGUACCACCAAGAGAGGAUGAGUGGUAAGAUAGACCAUAUUCCCAAGGUGAUCCCUCACAAGUAAUGUUUAGAUCAAUUCCGGUAUCAGAAAUCCCGGGAGAGUAUAGCAAUAGCCAAUCUUGUGAAGCAGAUUUUGUUCACCUGUGCAGCUCAAGCAGCUUUACAUUCGUUUUCAUACCUUUCCACCGCCCCCUCCUAAAACGAGCCCACAAUGCGCAUGGGUGCUGAAAAUGACUGGCCAUUGUCUAAAAAUAUCUCGAGAGGAUUAUGUUGGGAGAAAGGCCUUUAUAGAGAUUAACUCUGUUACCCUUUAUUCUCUCUUGGUACUACUCAAAAGCAAUCAUUUGAUCAGGCCACAUACUGGGGUUUUAUUCACGUGCGUACUAGACACGAGGUCGAUUCUGGGAGAGAAAGGUUCAAAAAUUGUUUUAAUAAUGUGCAAAUAGAGUAACGCAACAAUUAAGGGCAUUACGUGAACGUGAAGUCUACGUCUCCCUACUUUUCUUGCGAGGACUACCUCGUCUGAAGCAGAUAUCCAAAAAAUUGUCAAGGCGAUGGUUUCUUGUCACCUCGUCUGUUUAACGCUCCAUUGCAAUUAGGAAAAUUUGAAUGUUUCUUGUGGGGACACUCUUAUGGGGACAGGCCUCGACCACUUACAAGGACUGCGUCCCAUCGGCGAAUUAUGGGGACAUGUUUAUGAACGCCAAAUAACUACCGACCGAUAAUAUACAUAUAUGACACUACUCGAUUCUGAUUGGUUCAGCGAAGUCCCAGUGCAACACCAGUGCAAAGAGCGGUUGUUUCAUUAAUUGUCCAGAGUUUGGACAAACAAUAGCGUGAAUCUAAUUUGUAACGAUUAUGUGUGUAGUGAUUAUGUGAAAAAACAAUCAGGAGUGCAUUCUGUUAUAUUUCCAUGCUUUGAUCUUGGCAAGCUUUCUGGAACACUAACUAAUCUGCUGUUAAGGGCGAAAAAUUGCUUUCUCAAAAACAAACAUUCCCAUUCUUGUGAGGAUUCAAGAUGUGUAUUCUACAGACCAACCGGCUUCUGCAGACUUCUCAGAAGUCCCCUUGAAAUAGGUCUACUUGAAAAUAAUUAUUAAUUUAAGGGAUCUUUUUCAGGGAACCCGAAACCCUCGCAAUCCCCACAGAGCUGGUGUGGUUUUAUACACAACUUUGCGAUUUGUUUCUGCCCCCAAACUGAAGUAAAUUGUAUAAACACCACUUUUCAGAGGUCAGAGUAAGUUGGUAAAGUGGUCAGCCCAUCUAAGACAUGAUUUUUUAGUUCAUUCCCUUUAGAGUAUUAGACCAAUUGAACAGAUAAAUAUUACAUGGAAUUAUUUUCAGGAUGUCUGAAAAAAGCUGGCCAUUGAUGUAAUUUAUAUUGCUUAAGUAUCUACAAAGCCGGUGGAUACUAAUCUCUUGCAUUUGUAAACGAAGUCACUAUAGUUUAACGAAAAAUCGACAUAGUGGCCGGCCAACGGGUGUUUAUAUAAUUUUGGAUCGACUCUAAGGAUAUGCUAUUGUACUUGUAAUAUAACGAUGAAGCGCGAAUUCGAAUAUUAAAUAGGUCAGCAAUUCGUACGUGUGAUACAGAUGCCAUGUAAAAUUUAGUCAUCUGAUAGUAAAAUCCCAAAAUGUUCUCAUGGCACAUGGCUCAAUUCCAUUUUCACACGCACGCAUUGCGGACGUACUUUUGUGCAAAUAGCUAACGUACGUGAAUGACUACCUUGUCUGCAACGUAUGCGUAAAAAAUCUUAAUGAUCUUCUUCUUAGUCUUAUGAAACACUAAUUAAAAUGUAGAAGCAUAAGGUCUUCACGUCCACAAUUCUGAUAAUAUUCCGGGCAGUCUGGUCAGGCUAAUAGAUAAACGAUUGUAAUUCAACCAUAUUGUAAUGACCGUUUGCAGCUAAAACGACGAUAAAAGGCAAAUAUUAAAUGGAUUUAGCCUUCUACGUUGUUGACCCUAACUUAGGGAGUUAAGCUAAACUCGCGGUGGCAUAAAACUAGACAAUUACUGAUUUCAGCUUUCAAAACGAUAAAGCUAGGUUUUACAAAAGUUAAGCGCAAAGCAAUUUUAUACAGAUCUAAGCCAUGGUGUGAAGAAGAUAUUAGAUAGCAGAUGUAUGAUUGAGGGAUAUGUUAAGGGUUUCAAUAAACAAAUACGAAAGUAAAAUAAAAUGUAACCGUUGAAACAA